AUGCGACUCGCCAUAGGCGCUCCAGCGAGCGGCUUAUGGGCCUGGCUCAGCAAGAAGAUCACCAAACUCGUCACUGCAACCAGCGACUACGCCUGGUAUCUAGACAGCACAUACUCCACCGGACUCAUGGCGCAAGCAAAAUGCCAGACGCCGAGCUUGCGCUGCAUCCGCAAAGCGCAACAGCUCGGCCGCGCAAUCCACUACGAGCGAGAAGAGAGCGAACAGCACGCACGAAAGGCGCGGCUUGUGGCCGCGGAGCAGGAACGCGCUCGCGCGGCGAAAGAGCAAGAAGAGUGGGAGGAGAUUGUUAAGAAAGCAUUGGCUUAUGACAAGCUCUCUGCGGAAGACUUUACGUUUAAUAUCCGCCACCAUCACGUUACCACGAACUACAUCAAUAUCGACACACUCAGCCAGACCCAUGUCGACAUGCAGGGCGCUACCUUCCACGCUUCUUGCGCUACGCCUUCCGCUUCAGCAACGGUAGCGUCCCACGAGGAUAUGGCUGCCGCCGCUGUUAACAAUCGAUUCUUUGAGCCAGCUACCGCAGAAGCGCUCGCGGGCAGAAUGUGGUUCAAUAUGCUUGUCAUCGUCUGCAUGUUGUUCGGUCUCCUCGGCCUCUUCACUUUCCUGCGGCUCGCGUGGCACUUCUGCCGCUGGGUAUUUGCGAAGCUCGUCAAAAAGACGGAGCCGAGAGCCCUCACGCCGCUUAAUGGCAACCUCGCCGGCGUCCCAUCCCAGCCAAUCUCUGGCCUCAGUAGCAGUAUUUCUAGACCGAGUCCGUCGAGGCCUUGCACGGCCCCGAAUGAGAAUUCCGUCCUGCGCGCUCGAGCCUCGAGAGAGGAUAGGAAAAACCGCGUCGACAGAAUGGUGGCUGAGGAUAGAAGACGCCGUUUGGAACGGGAGCGGGAGGAACUGGCCGAUGACGGGAUUGUGGAGUGA